AUGGAUGCGUGUCCUGUGCUGACUCUGGGACUCUGCUCGAUUGCAGCUCCGGCUGCAGCUGGUGGCACGGGCUCCGGCUCCGGCUCCGGCUGCGGCUCCGGUUCGGCUGCAUGCUGCACGAAGCUGAAACUUCCAAUAUUCCUGUCGUCUGCCAGGCCCGUCUGGAUGUCCGCCGGCGCUCAAUUGCAGAUGGCCCCACAGACCACAUCGACCCUAAGUCAUCAUCAUCCGAGCACGGCGGCAGCAGCGGCAGCAGCAGCGGCGGCUUUAGCACAGCAGCAACAGCAACAACAGCAGCAGCAACAGUCGCUGCAUCACAGUGCACUGCCGCCACAGCAUCCACAGCAGCUGCAACAUUUGCAUCCACAGCAUCCACACGCAGCGCUGCACCAGCAGCAGCAGCAACAACAGCCGCACGGCGCUGCUGGCGGACACAGCAGCAAUCCGGACUCGAAUAUGAGCACUGGUUCCUCGCACAGUGAAAAGGAUGUCAACGAUAUGCUAGGACUCGGCAGCCUCCAACAGCAGCAGCAGCAGCAACAACAGCAGCAGCAGCAACUGAAUAGCACAGGGCCGGGCAGUGGACCCGGACCCGGACCUGGUCCCGGCCCAGGACCAGGACCCGCCACCAAUGCCAGCGGGAAGCAGCCGCGCACGCCCGCGGAGCGCAAACGGAAACGCAAAAUGCCCAACAAUUCGGACGAGACGGGCAACGGAGGAGGAGGCGGCAGCAGCAGCGGCGGCAUUGUCAGCGGGCUGAAGGUGGGCAAGUCGCUGGCAUUCCGGGACAGCGCCAUGUCGAAGGCGGGCGGCGGCAGCCUGCCGCUGACUCUGGGCGGCGAUCGCUGCGCCCUGCCCAGUGGCGGUGGUGGCAGCGGCGGGGGAUCGGGCAGUGUCAGUGGCUCCGGGGCGGGCGCUGGGGGCAAGAGCGCGCGCCUCCUGCUGCCGGGCGCUAGCGACAACAAGAAGAUCAACGAUUACUUCAACAAGCAGCAACAGCAGCAGUCCGGCGGCAACUCGAGUCUGCGGCCACACACGGGCAGCAAAUCGCCCUCGUCGGCCACGCAGCAGCAGCAGGUGCAGCAAGUGCAGCAAGUGCAGCAGGUGCAGCAGCAGCAGGUGAACAGCCAGGUGCAGACGUCGAGUGCGUACUCCAUACACGGCUAUCAUUCAACUAGUCCACAGACGCAGUCCCAGCCCGGCCAGCAGCAGGUGCAGCAGGCGGGCGCCGACUUUCAUUUCGUUAGCUCGGCGGCGGCGGCGGCAGCAGCGGCGGCGGCAGCGGCCAAACAGCAGCAACAACAGCAGCAGCAGCAGCGCCAGCAGCAGCAGCAACAACAACAGACUUCCAAUGCAAUGGUUCCUCAGCAGACGCAAAUGGGUGUGCCCAUGUCGCAUGUGGGCGUGGCGCACGGCGUACUCAAUGCCGCCAGCCUGGGUCUGGGCGUGGGCUCACAGGCGGCGCAGCAGCAGCAGCAGCAACAGCAACAACAGCAGCAGCAGCAACAGUUGCCCGUGACCACAUCGGCGGCCAGUGUGGCCGUGGUGCCCACGCAUCAGCAGCUGAGCACGCUCAGCACGCUGGGCACGCUCAAUGUGGGCGUGGGCGUCAAUGUGGGCGUGGUCGGCGGACUACCACCGCCGCCGCCGCCGAUGCCGCUGUCAAUGCCAGCGGCCAUCAUGACGUACACGAAGAGCACCCAGACGGAGGUGUCGCAGCUGGAGCUGCAGGAGCGGGAGGCGGAGCACGAGUCGGGCAAGGUGAAGCUGGACGAGAUGACGCGGCUGUCGGACGAGCAGAAGUGCCAGAUCAUGAGCCACCAGAAGUCGAUCGAGCAGCACAAGUCGCACAUCGCCAAGUGCAUCGAUGUGGUGAAGAAGCUGCUCAAGGAGAAGAGCAGCAUCGAGAAGAAGGAGGCGCGCCAGAAGUGCAUGCAGAAUCGCCUACGAUUGGGUCAGUUUGUGACGCAGCGCGUCGGCGCCACAUUCCAGGAGAACUGGACGGACGGCUAUGCGUUCCAGGAGCUCAGCCGGCGGCAGGAGGAGAUAACGGCCGAGCGCGAGGAGAUCGAUCGCCAGAAGAAGCAGCUGAUGAAGAAGCGUCCGGCCGAGUCUGGGCGAAAGCGCAACAACAACAGCAACCAGCAGAACAACCAGCAUCAGCACCAGCACCAACACCAGCACCAGCAGCAACAGCAACAGAACUCCAACUCCAAUGACUCCUCCCAGCUGACGGAUCGGCUGGGCGGCAACGCCGGCGCCGGCAGCCUGGACAGCGGCAUCGCUGUCGGCAACGCCGCCGUCAAUACGAGUGGCGCCGGCGGCGUUGGCGUUGGCGCUGGCAGCGGCGCCGUUGUGGUCGUCUCCUGCGGCCGUGGUCUCUCCCGCUCCAAUUCGACGCAGGCGCAGCAGGCGCAACUGCUCCAUAAUGGAGGCGGCGGCGCUGGCGGUGGCGUUGGCGGAGCUGGCGGUGCAGGAGGAUCUGGCGGCAAUGUCGGCAGCGGUGGUGGCGGCGGCGGCGGCGUCAGCGAUCGGUUAUCGGAUCGCGGCGGCGGCGGUGCCGGCGGCGCUGGCAGCGGAACUGGCGCAGGAGGCGGCGGCGGCGGUGGCGGCAUCGGCGGCAACGACAGCGGCAGCUGCUCCGACUCGGGCACGUUCCUCAAGCCGGAUCCGGUGUCGGGCGCGUACACGGCGCAGGAGUAUUACGAAUACGACGAGAUACUCAAGCUGCGACAGAACGCCCUCAAAAAGGAGGACGCCGAUCUGCAGCUGGAGAUGGAGAAGCUUGAGCGCGAACGCAAUCUCCACAUACGCGAGCUCAAGCGCAUACUCAACGAAGAUCAGUCCCGCUUUAACAAUCAUCCCGUGCUGAACGAUCGCUAUCUGCUGCUGAUGCUGUUGGGCAAGGGCGGCUUCUCCGAGGUGCACAAGGCCUUUGACCUCAAGGAGCAACGCUAUGUCGCAUGUAAGGUGCACCAAUUAAACAAGGAUUGGAAGGAGGAUAAGAAAGCUAAUUAUAUCAAACACGCAUUGCGGGAGUACAACAUACACAAGGCGCUGGAUCAUCCGCGCGUGGUGAAGCUCUAUGAUGUCUUUGAGAUCGAUGCGAAUUCGUUUUGCACCGUGCUGGAGUAUUGUGAUGGGCACGAUCUCGACUUUUAUCUGAAGCAGCAUAAGACUAUACCCGAGCGUGAGGCGCGCUCGAUCAUAAUGCAGGUUGUAUCUGCACUCAAGUAUCUAAAUGAGAUUAAACCGCCUGUCAUCCAUUACGAUCUGAAGCCGGGCAACAUCCUGUUGACCGAGGGCAAUGUCUGUGGCGAGAUCAAAAUCACCGAUUUCGGUCUGUCCAAGGUGAUGGACGACGAGAACUACAAUCCGGAUCAUGGCAUGGAUCUGACAUCGCAGGGCGCGGGCACCUAUUGGUAUCUGCCGCCGGAAUGCUUUGUGGUUGGCAAGAAUCCACCGAAAAUCUCAUCGAAAGUGGACGUUUGGAGUGUGGGCGUGAUAUUCUAUCAGUGUUUAUAUGGAAAGAAGCCGUUCGGCCACAAUCAAUCGCAGGCCACAAUUCUCGAGGAGAAUACCAUACUGAAGGCCACCGAAGUGCAGUUCUCCAACAAGCCAACUGUGUCCAACGAGGCAAAGAGUUUCAUUCGCGGCUGUUUGGCCUACCGCAAGGAGGAUCGCAUGGAUGUGUUUGCACUGGCCAGGCACGAGUAUAUACAGCCGCCCAUACCGAAGCACGGUCGGGGCUCGCUGAAUCAGCAGCAGGCGCAACAGCAGCAGCAGCAACAGCAGCAGCAACAGCAACAACAGUCGUCCACGUCGCAGGCCAAUUCGGCGGGGCAAACCUCGUUCUCAGCCCACAUGUUUGGCAAUAUGAAUCAGUCCAGCUCAUCCUAGCUGCCAACUAAACGCAAUUCCAAUUCAUAAUUCGCCGCCGCAGCAGCAGCUGCUAGCCACCAGCAACAUCAACAGCAACAGCAA